CUUUGUGUGGGGAUUGUUGCGUCUGAUAACUGGACUCAGAAAAGGACUCCUUGCUCAGCUGGCUCUCAGUUUCUCUUCUCAUCUCCAGAAAAACGACGGUGUCCUCCGUGCGGCGCAUGGCGCCUCCCCGCCGCUCCGCGCGUCCCUUUCGUUCUCUGAACUUCCUAGGAAUACUGCUGGUGGUUCUUCCCACGUUCUCUGAUGCCUGUGAGGAGCCACCACAAUUUCUAUCUAUGGAUCUGGUUCAGAAACUUAAACCCGAAUAUAACAUUGGGGAAGAAGUAACUUACAAUUGUGCACGUGGCUAUUUUAGUGUGUGUGGUUCACGUCCCACCCGUACUGUUUGUGUUCAGAAUAAUACAUGGUUACAUGUCACAGAUGACUGUUGUUUUAGGGUAUCAUGUCGACCCUUAAAGGCUCCUGCUUCUGGCCAAGUAAAGUACCUAAAUGGAACUUUUGGAUGGGGUUUUUCAGCGCAUUUUACUUGUAAUUCUGGGUUUUACUUAGUUGGUGAACCACUUCUACACUGUGAACUUAAAGAGAAAGAUGCAUUUUGGAGCGCUAAAGCCCCAGUAUGUGAAAAAAUUAAGUGCAAACCACCUCCAAAAAUAAAAAAUGGAAAGCACACCUUUGUUAAUGUACAAGUAUUUGACUAUUAUGCUACAGUAACUUAUAAUUGUGAUCCUUCAAAUGGACCAGAUGAAUAUUCCCUGGUUGGAGCAGAUAAGAUUUACUGUGUCGACAACAAUAAAUGGAGUGCUGAUGCGCCUGAGUGUAAAGUGGUCAAAUGUCCAUUUCCAAAAGUCAAAAAUGGAAGACAGGUAGCAGGACUUGGAAAAAAAUUUUACUACAAAGCAACGGUUAUAUUCGAAUGCAAUUCAGGUUAUUACCUUCAUGGCAGUGACACAAGUGUCUGUCAGAGUAAUAAUACUUGGUACCCUCCACUUCCAACGUGUCCUAAAGUGCUGCCUCCUCCCAGUACAACUUUGAGUCAUUCAGCGUCGAGUCUUCCCAGUACAAUACCUCCGAUUUCCACUGUCUCAGGAUAUCCCAAUCCAAAAGAAGGCUUGUUUGACAUUGGCGAGGAUUUGGGUCCCUGGGUCAUUGUUCUAAUUAUUGUGACUCUGCUUGUUGGGGUCGCAGUAAUCUGCAUCGGCCUGUAUCGAUGUUUUGAAAGGAGGAAGAAGAAAGGGAACAGAGAGGUUAGAGCUGACUAUGUCACUUACCAGCAUAAGUCAACCACUCCAGCAGAGCAGACAGACUGAACGGUUUCCACAACCUGCUUUAUCAGUUUAUCUUUUGAUUCUGUUAAAAUCUUCAGUUGUACAAUAGCUACUCUUUAGUUUCACUCUCAUGAGUGCAACUGUAAAGUCACAAUGUUGUAACUUUAUGUCAGUUGCAUGUGGUCACCAUCCUCUGAUGCUUCUUUUGAAUUUGGAUGUGAACAUACUGCCUGUUUUCCCUUAAAUAAUAUUUCUAUUUAUGGAGCAAAUCAACACAGCUUCCUUGGUAGUAUUAAAGUAGGGAAAUGAUUUAUAAAAUUGGAAAAUUUAGAGAAAUAUAGACCGAAAUGAAAUUACAUAAUGAUCUUGAGAAAAAUGAUCUUAAAAAAAAUCAAAUGACUUUUUGUUAAGAAAUUGAUUUUAACAUCUUUUUUUAUUCAAAGAUUCAUUCCAAUGCGUAAGAUUCAUUCUUUCUACAAUUCUAAAGUUGUAUAUAUUGUUCAUCAGAAAGCCCUUACAAAUAUAUCUGUACUACUCUGGCUCUCAUCUAUUAAAUACAGGAACACUACAAAUUGGAAAUAUGGACAGAUUUGACUUCCUUAACUCAGAAAAUGUUGGACAAUUAUCUAAAAGUUAAUAAGAUAAAAGUUUUUUUUUUAAUUUUUGGUAACAUCUUUGGUGACUUAAAGAAACUAGAAUGUUUAUUAUGUAUGGCAUUUAUUUUCACCUUUUCUUACGCAUCCAUCAACCCGCCCAAGAAAUCAGUAAGAUUUCAGAAUCAGUUAACGUACUUUCAUUUGAAGUUAGAAGACUGUGACACUCAUAAUGAGAAUGUUAGUGUGUGGUGUGAAGUGAACCCUGUGACCCCGUGGCCUUCUUUCACUACUUAAAGAGAGCUUUUACUUUAAAAACGUGCUCUCUAUAAGCAAGUAGUUUUGCAAAGAAUAAAAUCCUCAUCUUAUCUAUGUAUGCGUCUUACCUCAUCUCCUAAAAAGGAGAGUAAAGAUUACUUUGUACGUAUUAGCGAAAGAAACUUGGCUUUCGUCUAUUUGCUGUUGGUCGUACUUAGGGACAUAAACAUCUCAGGGAGCAUGUAAUGCUCAGGGAGAAUAAAUAGAUCUUGGUCCUCUACUGAAGCCCCAACUUUGGCAGAGUCUCUUUCAAAGAAGCCAGUGGGCAAAGAGAAGGAGCAACCAUUCCAAUUCAGAUGUUGUUAUAAGUUGUGUUUUGAACUUUCGUAUUUAGUAUCUAGCUUUGGGCCAAAGAAGUCUUGCCUGGAGAAGACUGACUGGGGAAGCAAGGGUGGAUCAGAAUAUUGUUUUACUGUAUGGAGACACGUUUACAGUGUGCCAGGCUUCUUCCCUGUGUAAUCUCCUGUGAGAUGAGAUGCCUUAGGAAGGUAAAAGUUUGAGGAAAAAUCAACAGGAAUUCCAAAGCAUAGAGUUCAAGUUUAUACCCAUUUUCACAGUUUUCCAGAAUAUAGCAAUUGCAUUAGAGGCAAGGAAUGGCUGUGCCUUUUUUGGUAAACUUAAUUGUAUUUUCAACUAAAUUAUGCUUAUAGUAAAUAUACUUUUAUAGCAGUUUCUGCUUCAAAUUUAAUUUUUAUAUUUGAGAUUUCUAUAUGUAUAAAUAUAUAUUUUGUCUAAUAAUUUGUCAAUUACUUAAAUAUAUGGAGAGGUCUGUUUUCCUUAGAACUUUGUAUAAAGGACAGGAGAAAGCAUAUUUGAAUUUUAAGAAAAAUAUUUAAAUGGCAAAAAUAUAUUUGUGGUAAAAUGAGAAGUCUCAUGUAUAGAGGUUCUUUAUUGCUCAUUUUUUUUGAAA